CGGAGGAGUCAGCUCGUGUGACAGUGCGCGGUGCACCACACAGGUCACGAACGAGCGCCUCAGAGGAAGAACACUUUGCUCAGGACUCUACUCGGCUGUGUUUGUGUAGGAGUUUGUGAGUGUAAGCCUCUCUCGUGAUCUCCCAGUGCGAUUGCCGGAGAGUAUGACUUAAGGUUUGAAGGGAGGAUAUCGCAGAGAAAAAGAAGAUUCCAAGAGGCUGGUUGCGCUCGGUUACAAUGAAGACUAUUCUGCUGGCUUGCAUCUUGGCCGCUGCAGUGGCUAGGCAAGCAGGCCCACCGGUGAUCAAGGAGCACCCGAGCAGCGUGGCGGCGCGGCGCAACGACCCCGCCACCCUCAACUGCGCCGCCUCCGGAGCCAGCCGCAUCCGCUGGUACCGCGACGGCGAGGAGGUGACGACGGCGGCGGAGGACCCACGCUCCCACCGCGUCCUGCUGCCGUCGGGCUCGCUCUUCUUCCUGCGCGUGGCCACCUCCAAGAGGGACAGCGACGCCGGCACCUACUGGUGCGUGGCCUCCAACAGCCACGGCGCCACGCGCUCCCACAACGCCACCCUCACCGUGGCCACGCUCGCCUACGACUUCCAGAGCCAGGCCGACCCCGUGGUGAGGGCGCGCGUCGGGGACUCUGUCGUGCUGCCGUGCCGCCCGCCCAAGGGCUCUCCGCCCCCCGAGGUCACCUGGCUCAGGGACUCCCACGAGGUCACCAACUCCAGUCGGAUCUCCGUGUCUCAGGCGGGCGAUCUCGUCAUCAGUCAGGCCGUCGAGGAGGACUCGGCCUCCUACGUGUGUCGCGCCCGCAACGCCGCGGGCGCCCGGGAGUCCACGCCCACCAAGCUCACCAUCAUGACGCCGCCCUGGUUCGAGGAGCGUCCGGCGAACGUGACCGUCGCGUCGGGCGUGGUGGUGGAGCUGGCGUGCCGCGCCCGAGGCUCGCCCACGCCCACGGUCACCUGGCGGCGUCUCGACGGCAAGAUGCCGCUCGGCCGCGCUAUGAUCGAGGACCAACGGCUGGUGCUGGACCACGUGGCGGCUGCUGACUCCGGCGUGUACGUGUGCGAGGUGGAGAGCGAGGCGGGGAUCGCCGCGGCCCGGGCCACUCUCACCGUGAUCGACGCCCCCGAGUUCGCUCAGCGGCCGCAGGACGUCCAGGUGGUGGCUGGCCAGAGCGCCAGGCUCUCGUGCAAGGUCGAGGGCGACCCCAAGCCCCUCCUGCUGUGGCGCCUUCCCACCCAGGACAGGACAGCUCUGCUCGCCGCGGGCCAGAGCAGCGGCCACGCCUCCGUCGCCGACCAGGGCCAGACUCUCCUGCUCGGCGACGUCACUACACUGGAAACCGGAACCUAUUCCUGCUGGGGCGUCAGUAGAGGUGGGGGCAUCAGUGCUCACUCGGAGGUGGUCGUUGUAAAGGCAUAUCCUCCACCUGUCAUAGGCAUAGGGCCCCAGGACCUAAAGGUGUCUCCCGGUGUGAGCGUCGUGUUUCCUUGCGAGGCAGUGAGCGAGGCAGCCCAAGCGUCCGUUUCGUGGUGGCACCAGCCUGCAGCGUCUCACCCAAUUCGGCAUCUUUCCAAAGGCAGUAAAAGUGGCAGAGUUUCUAUUCUCGUUAACGGUGCACUUGUAAUCAGGGACGUCCGUGUCAGUGAUGCAGGAACUUAUAGGUGCCACGUCAGUGCUGAAACGGGUUCCAUAAAGAGAUCAGCAGUAUUACAAGUAGUAGAAGCAGCCGAAGAAUACCGCCCCUUCCUGCUGCCGGCGCCGCCGUCCAAGCCGCGCCUCAUGGCCGUCAACCAGACCGCUGUGCACCUGAGCUGGCUGCCCAACUCCCAGAUGGGCGGAGGGUCCGACCAGACGUACACGGUGGAGUUCUGGCGCCAGGGCUGGGAGGAGUGGCGGGUGGCGGACGCCCUCAUCUCGCAGGAGUCGUGCGUGGUGGGCGGGCUGACGCCUGGCCACACCUACACCUUCCUGGUCCGUGCCGUCGACUCGCGAGGGGCGUCGUUCCCGAGUCCCUGGUCCGACCCGGUCACGACCCGCUCUCCCCGCGACCCGAGUCUCACGGAGGACGAGGUCCGUCACGUCCGCCGCCGCCUCUCGCGCCCCGCCGUCACGCUCACCGACGCCACAGCCACCGCCCCCGACAGUGUCCUUCUCAGCUGGAAGUUCCUGGCAUUGGCGGACGAGGCCGUCGAGGGCGUGCUGGUUUACGCCAUCAGUGACUCGGGCGUCGUGCAGGUGGUCACUGUGCUUGGUUCAUCGACUUCUCACCCUGUGCACGGUCUACAGGCCAAUACUCCUUACACCUUUUUCCUCGUCCCCUUCUGGCGCAGCGUCGAAGGCACACCAUCUAAUUCAUAUUCACUGCAGACUCCACAAGAUGCACCAUCAGUCGCUCCCACUGACGUACGCGUUACGCCACUCGAGGAAGGAUCUGUACUUAUCACGUGGUCGACGUUGGAGCCGGAAAAAGCCAGAGGAGAGAUCGUUGGUUACCAGGUCAUCAUCAGUCACAACACUACUUAUACGUCAGAAACCGUGGUUAAUCCGUGGUUAGACGCUAUUGGCUUAGUCCCUGGUCAGUUGUACACUAUCCGCGUAUCUGCCGUAACAAAAGCAGGUCCCGGUCCCUUCACCGCGCCCUUGUUGGUGGAUAUUGGACCUUCGCAAGUCGACUCUCAACCACGCGAGGAAAGCGACAUCGCAAGCACCGAUUUUCACGCGCCAGAAAGACCCCAGUGGUUGAUAGUUCUUCAUAUCAUAACACCCAUCGUACUGCUGAUGUCACUAGCAACCCUGUUGUACGUCCGAAAACUAAAUGAUAAGCCGGUGACUUCAACUGCACCGAAGUCUUCCCUGCUGUACCAAGUCCCAGAAUGUCUCUUCUCGUCCCGGCUCCCCGAGUCGGCAAGCACAUACAGCGAGAACAUGAUUUUAGCACCCAGCAAGAGCCAGUUUUCGAGUGCCUCGUCUUCCCCGCUGCUGAGAUACCAUGAGCGCGUGAACGAGUACGCAGAGCCGAGGUUCCAGAAGCCCAACGAGAACACUGAACCCUACGCCACAACGACCUUGUUAGUGCCAGCGUCGCCUUGUCCGAAUCAUCCAAAACACUGGUCCAGGAACACAGAAAAGACGUCCACCAGUACCUACCACUGGUCCGUGUCCCUUCCUUCGUCUCACGCAAGUUCCUUCACGCCACAUAGCAUGGAUUAUCACUGUUCAUCCGUUCGGUAUGAUUUGUAAUGUUAAUACCAGAAUUCGAAUAUUGAAUAGCUCCUAAUUCCUACCAAAGACAGUUGCCUGCGUUCCUAUUACUGAAUUACUAAGUAUUAGCAUUACCGUCGACUAGUCUAGAAUGAUAUGAUUGCAUUAUGUGUAUAUGAAAUUUAUUUGAUGGUGUGCUAAAUGUGGUUCGGCAUUACGUAUAUAUCUUAACGAAGCGUUUGCAUCAACACUGCAUAUCAGGAGCGAAUAUGAUAUUAUGCCAUGUGCCAAAAAUAUGCGUAUUUUAUGUGAAUAAUCUUUAAAAAAUGGUAGUCAUGCUUAUGAUGAUUAUGAUACA